AUGGACGAGGAAUUGGUCCAGUUUUCUGGGGAUUUCGUAGGCCUCUCUUCUUUGUUCAUGAGGCAUUUGGCUCCGUGCAAAGUGAUGUGGAAUGAUAUGGAUGAGAUGACCAACGGGACUGUGGUUUCCAACAAUGUGAGCGGCUUUAGCUUGGAGAUUACCAAGGAUGAAGUUGAUACAGUGAUGCGAGUGGCUGGUGGUUCACGGGAUCGAGCGGUGAUUGCUUUGCCGGAGAUUGGGGAUGAGGAGAUGGAAGUGACGGAGGAUUUUCCGGUGGAGGAAGACAAUAACUCGAUGGCUCUGGAUAAUGGGGACCUUUGA